CUAAGACUGAGAUACUAAUAAGAUCUAAGGGUAAUAUAUAAUUAGCAUUCCACCCGUCCUACGGAAUAAUACUACGGGCUUGAGACUAAUGACAUUUCCCUGUGCCCAAACUCACGAGCUCUACCUAUUCAUCUUCGUGUUCUCCCUCCGCCGCAUCUUCACAACCACCUGCCAUUGCUACCUCGGGUACGCUUGUUAUCUGUUUGACGAUAUGCCAAGGCCGAUUCACUAAAGCGACGCAGCAGCAUUAGGGGGAGGAAGAGAUAGCAGAGCGGAUUCGGGAUGCUGCCUCCUGUGGCGAGCAAGCGAUACGUGCUGCGGCUGUUCAUAUCGCUCAAGCACGUGACGGCCAACGUGGUGGACCGUCGCAGCGGGCGCGUGGUGGUGACGGCGUCCUCGGUGGAGAAGGCGCUCAAGGCGGGGUUCGAAUGCGGGCGCACCUGCAACGCCAAGGCGGCCGCGGCGGUGGCGGAGGUGCUCGCCAUGCGCCUCAAGGUCGACGGCCUGGCCCGGGAACCUAUCCACGCCGACGCUACCAAGGAGGUGGAGAAGAAAGGCUUCAAGAACCGCACCAAGGUGUGGGCCAUGCUCAACGCCCUCCGCUCGCACGGCGUCAACCUCAUCCUCGACCAAGGCGACAUCCGCCAUCCUCCUCCUCCUCCUCAUCUCCCUUGAGCGCUUGAUUCUUCAUAGAUCAGACAAUUGAUAUAUGAUGUCCUAUAUCUGUUCGAUCAAAUGCUUGUGCGGAUGUGCGAUUCA